UGCGGCUGUGUUGGACUGCAACCUCCAUCAUUCCCAGCUGCAGCUGUGUUGGACUGCAACCUCCAUCCUUCCCAGCUGCAGCUGUGUUGGACUGCAACCUCCAUCCUUCCCAGCUGCGGCUGUGUUGGACUGCAACCUCCAUCAUUCCCAGCUGCAGCUGUGUUGGACUGCAACCUCCAUCAUUUCCAGCUGCAGCUGUGUUGGACUGCAACCUCCAUCAUUCCCAACUGCAGCUGUGUUGGACUGCAGCUGCCAUCAUUCCUCAUCACGAUGGGGGUUGCAGUCCAGGGCAUCUCAAGGGCAUCAAAUCUUGACACCAUGGCUGAGCCGGCGAGGCUGAAGCGCAUCCUGGUGACUGGCGGCUCAGGACUUGUGGGAAGGGCCAUCGAGAAGGUGGUCACGGAUGAAGGAAAGCGGCCCGACGAGGAGUGGGUCUUCGUGUCCUCCAAGGAUGCUGACUUAACGAAUGCAGCAGAGACCAAGGCCCUCUUUGAGAAACACAAGCCCACCCACGUCAUUCACCUGGCAGCCAUGGUGGGUGGUCUCUUCAGGAACAUCAAGUACAACCUGGAUUUCUGGCGGAGGAAUGUGCAUAUCAAUGACAACGUCCUACACUCGGCGUACGUGUCUGGUGUCCAGAAAGUGGUCUCCUGCCUUUCCACUUGCAUUUUCCCUGACAAGACCACCUACCCAAUCGAUGAGACCAUGAUCCACAACGGACCUCCCCACAGCUCUAACUUUGGAUAUUCCUACGCAAAGAGGAUGAUUGAUGUUCAGAACAGGGGAUAUUUUGAGCAAUACGGGCGCCGCUUCACCGCUGUCAUCCCCACCAACGUCUUUGGGCCCCAUGACAACUACAACAUCGAGGACGGGCACGUUCUGCCGGGCCUCAUCCACAAAGUGUACUUGGCAAAGAAAAGUGGAACCGCUCUUACUGUCUGGGGAACAGGAAAGCCCAGAAGGCAGUUCAUUUACUCUCUGGACUUGGCGCGGCUAUUCCUCUGGGUCUUACGGGAGUACGAAGAAGUGGAACCCAUCAUUUUGUCAGUCGGAGAAGAAGACGAAGUCUCCAUACGGGAAGCAGCCGAGUGCAUCGUGGGGGCCAUGGACUUCAAGGGAGAGCUCCUGUUUGACACGACAAAGUCGGACGGACAGUUCAAGAAAACCGCCAGCAACAGCAAGCUGAAGCGAUACCUCCCGGAUUUCAAGUUCACACCGUUCGAGCGAGCUGUGAAAGAAACCUGUGACUGGUUCUGCACCAACUAUGACAUUGCCAGGAAAUGACAAGAGCGGUCGAACGUUGGCCAUUGCUGCUCUCUGCAACUUUGCAUCAAUCUCAGGUUGUCUUUUGCUGGAGCCAAGAAUGAGAAUAAAAGUCCCAGGAGGGGGUGCCGGAACAGCGUAGAAGCCGCGCUUUUUCUGAAUCAGCCGGUAAAUCUUUGAAAAUGGGGCAGCUUCUAUAUUCAUGCAUUUAGGGGGUGGUGGUGGUGGUGCUACGGUUUUCAUGUUUUAAGCAAUCAUUUUGAAGACUUUGCCGUGAGGCUGGCGGACAUCGUGGAACAAAGGGAUCAAGUCCUUCGCUCAACCUCCGUUUUUUACACAUCGCACACUGUUCCUCCGUCCCGUUUCGUAACGCCAGGGCCCUGGUUCUGGAAGCAAAGUGCUAUUCUGCCCAAAUCACCUUGUGUUUGGGGAAAGAGACAAUUACCCACCACAGACACUUGCGUGCUUAUAGGAACCGUUUUAGCAGGAAAAGACUUCUCUGAAAGUGCAGCGACUCGCACCCCGCCAUCCCUGCGUGAUCCUUCUCCAGCCCUCAAAACAAACACUUGAAGAAGUAUUUCAACAUUCCUCCAACUAGAUCAGGGCCGAGUCACUUGUAGACGUCCAGGUUUUUGGCCUACAAUUUCGUGAGUGCUUGUGAGCAUAGCUGAUGGUGGGAUUGGUAGGCCAGAACAUAUGGAGGGCCACAGGUUGGCCGCCUUUUGUUUAGAUCAGCCUUCCUCAACCUGGGGCGCUCCAGAAGUGUUGGACUACAACUCCCAGAAUGCCCCAGCCAGAUGGCUGGGGCAUUCUGGGAGAUGCAGUCCAACAUAUCUGGAGCGCCCCAGGUUGAGGAAGGCUGGUUUAGAUGGACACAGGUGAGGGGAUAGAGCAGAACCUCUGCAGGCAGGAAGUGACAUCACCUCCAGCAAAAAUGACAGCAAGGGGCAGUUGUAGGUCCUGGAGCUGCAGUUCCACUUUCUGAGGGUUUCGUAACACUACCUAAUCACACAUGGCACUAAAGUCAGAACCUGGGUUAACCUCUCAAGAUUCAAUUUUAGGGAGGCCUUAUGCAAAGAUAUAAAUGUUCGUUUUUUGUUUGCAGGCAAUUAGAUGUCAAGAACUCAUAGUACUGGAUAAAGGCAACAGGCAGAACUCUUUCCAUUCAGUCAGUGGCUUUAUUUAAACUGUCUAUAGCUUGUUUCACUUUUGGCUUACAGCUGUCCUUGAGCCAAGACUGUCCAAGAAUCCACCCUAAUCAAACUCUUCAACAAAUCAGGUCUUUCUUGCUACUGCGGUUUGCUUCCAACACAGAAAGAACUAUUUUUUGCCUGCUGUGCUCGACAGCUAUUAAGACGAUAUUCUGGGGCUGACAUUAUAUGAAUUUCCCUCUGAAAAUUAGUGCUUUAUUUGCAUUAAUUGAUUCUGUAAUUUCCAUGAGAGUAUAUUUUAGGGAUGUGCUCCGCUUCUAAUCGGACGGUGAAUUAGAAGCGGAGCGGGGUGCUUCGCCUCCCCUUAAGGCGGAGGCGAAGAGGAUUGGGGGGCCGGCGGAGCGUGGCGAAGAGGAUCGAGGUGAAGGCGGAUCCUUCGCCUCGAUCAGGA